GCAAACAAUCAACAGCACUCAACCAACCCAAGUCACUCUUUACCACACUUUCAGUUCAAUCAACCCAAGAACCAACAAUCGAUCAAAAUGCAGUUCACCACCGUCUUCACCAUCUUUGCCACCGCCGCCCUCGCCAUGGGUGCUGCCGUUCCAUACGACGAGAGCUCCUCUGAGCCAUCCAUGCCAGAGUCCUCCAAGCCAGCUUCUCCAGAGAUCGGUUCCUCAUGCGGCAACAAGCAGGAGAAGGUUGCUUGCUGCAACGGAGCUGCCAGCUCUGACGGCGAGCUCUCUCUGCUCAACCAAGUCCUCGGCGGAUCCUGCGCCCUCGACCUUCUCGGCAACACAUGCUCUCAGGGCAACGUUGCCUGCUGCCCAACUACCCAGAGCAGCGAGGGUCUCACUGUCAUCAACAUUGGCAGCCUGUGCAACCUCAUCAACUUGUAAAUAAUGCAAGUCAAAGACCUUGCGGACAACAAUCAUGUUACUUUCACCGGGCUUAAUGGGCAUAUUUUUGAGCGACAUGGCAACUACACGGAUGUGAUCAGCACGGGUCAAAAAGGGAAUGCAUAUCUUGUGGAUUAGUCUUAUUGUAUUGUGCAAACAUGUGGAUUCCACUCACUACCUGCUUCCGCCUUCCUACAUUUACAUUGGGUGCCAUUGCAUGGAUCUUGUAGUUUUGAUCUUAAAGAAUAUGACUUGCCGAACGAUUCCAGUCGAUCGGUUUGUUGAAUAAUGGCUCGAGGCGAUGUGUUACAU